UGUUACUAUUUAAAUGGAACGUUCAAAAGUAAUAAAACGCGCUCGAUAUCCCUGUUUAUUUUAUUGACCACUCGCCAGAUGUUUGCGCAUUGUUUUCCAGUGCGCAGUAGUUUCUCUGUCGUGAAAUCGGGAUACUGUUUUAGUAAUAUAUCUAUUCUGCCAUUUUGAAAAUAGUGGCGUGUAUGGAUUAGACCUAGUGUUUUUUAUGUGACAAAUAUGUCCGGGAGCAAUGAUAAAGCGUCGACUACGCAGCGUAUGAUCCAAAGUGUCGCUUUCCCUCCUAGCCACAAGCUCACUGUAUCGGAAGUAUUUGAUGAAAAAACUGGAAAGCCCUUACCAGAUGUCCUCAAGCAGCAUUUUAUCUUAGAGGGUAGAAUCGAGGAAAAUGCAGCUUUACGCAUCAUUCAAGAUGGUGCCACCUUAUUACGAUCAGAAAAAACUAUGAUCGAGAUCGAUUCACCGGUGACCGUGUGCGGAGACGUCCAUGGCCAGUUCUAUGAUUUGAUGAAACUGUUCGAGGUGGGAGGCUCUCCCUCGUGCACCAAGUAUUUAUUCUUAGGUGAUUAUGUCGACCGAGGUUAUUUUAGUAUAGAAUGUGUUCUUUACCUUUGGGCGUUGAAGUUAUGUUAUCCGAAGACAUUAUUUCUAUUACGCGGUAAUCACGAAUGUCGGCACUUGACAGAAUACUUCACUUUUAAGCAGGAAUGCAAGAUAAAGUAUUCUGAGAAAGUGUAUGAUGCCUGUAUGGAAGCAUUCGACUGCUUACCCCUGGCUGCCCUCAUGAACCAGCAGUUCUUAUGUGUACAUGGUGGUCUUUCUCCUGAGAUAAACAGCUUAGAUGACAUUCGUAAACUAGAUAGAUUCAAAGAACCUCCUGCAUUUGGAGCCAUGUGUGACCUACUUUGGUCUGAUCCCCUGGAGGACUUCGGCAAUGAAAAUAAUGCUGAGCAUUUCUCGCACAACUCUGUAAGAGGUUGUUCUUAUUUCUACAGUUAUGCAGCUUGCUGCGAUUUUCUACAAAGAAACAAUUUGCUGUCUAUCAUACGGGCUCAUGAAGCACAAGAUGCAGGCUAUAGGAUGUACCGUAAGAGCCAAACCACUGGUUUCCCAAGUCUGAUUACCAUAUUCUCCGCUCCCAACUACUUGGAUGUUUACAACAAUAAAGCCGCCGUGUUGAAGUAUGAGGACAAUGUGAUGAACAUUAGACAGUUCAAUUGCUCACCCCACCCCUAUUGGCUUCCCAACUUCAUGGAUGUGUUCACUUGGUCUCUCCCAUUUGUGGGUGAGAAGGUGACAGAAAUGCUGGUCAAUGUGUUAAAUAUCUGUUCUGAUGAUGAACUAAUGUCUGAAGGUGAUGAUGCAUUGGAGGAAGCUAAUCUCAGAAAAGAAGUUAUACGCAACAAGAUCCGUGCUAUAGGUAAAAUGGCUCAUGUGUUCUCUGUUCUCCGUGAGGAAAGUGAAUCUGUUCUGCAGCUGAAGGGUUUGACUCCAACCGGUGCCCUUCCAUUGGGUGCUCUGUCUGGUGGUAAAACAUCUCUCAAAAACGCCCUGCAGGGCUUCUCUCCAAACCACAAGAUAACCUCAUUUGCCGAAGCCAAGGGGUUGGAUGCCAUCAAUGAGCGUAUGCCGCCCCGGCGUGACGGCCAGCGCACUCCCGACACCCAGGACAAGAAGGCGCAUGUGAACAGCAAUGCACAUUCGUGAAGUGCUAGCUCCAUUUUCUCUUCAAUCCUUACUUUUUGAUCCACUAUUCUAGUGAUGGUGAAAUAUGUGUGAAGGUGACUCAGCUUUUGGAAAAAUAUUUCACAUUAAUAUUUAGGUGGAUUUGAAGGGAAUUGUCAUAAUAGAUACUAAAUAUUUAAAAAAUUUGGAUUUAACUUUUUUUCAAUAGUUGAAAUUAAAAUUUCUCUUAAGAUAUUACCUCUCGAUAUUUAAAAUAUGUCAGAUCUGCAGGCAACAAAUUUUUUUAGUCAAUUAAAUAAUAAGAUAUGCACAUUUAUUUAUAAUGCGCUGCACUCUUUCAUUUUGGUGAUGUAAUUUUAAAGUUUUCAUAUGAAAAGACAUGAUAUUGUAAUGUAAAUUUAUUCAGAUUAUCUACUUAUACUCUACAUUGUUAUCUACAUUAGUGAAAAUUAGACAUGUCUUUAAUUUUCAAAGCAUAAUUAGCUGUGAUAUUAAGCAAUGAUCAAUGUGUAAUUAAUAGCGAUCUGCUGGUGGUGCGGCGUGUUCAUUGGCUAAUCAUGCAUUGAAAUAUGUAAAGUGAGCGGAGGAGUUGUCAGCUUGGGCGUGUCUUUAUAUUCUAUUAAGUAAAGUUAAUUCUGUACUAUAGUGUGCGGCACACGGUGUGUGGUUGCCAUGCGUGUGUGCUGUGUAAAUAUGCCUUGUGCGUACACACACGUUAUUGCAGCUUUAACACUCCACAUAAAUAUUACUCUCUUUAAUAUCUUUGCUACAAGUUGUACUUAAUUGUAUUUUAUUGUACAAAAUAUAUUAAAAUUAUUACCUAUGAACUAUUACUAUACUUAAAGUUAAUUUAUAUUUGGGUGUCUGGCUCGGGGCGGCUGGGAGGCUCAACUUGUAUGCCGGAACAUCACAUAUAAAUCAUUUAGUCCUAAUGUUUCCGUAUAUAAGGUGUAGCGGCUAGUCUAAUUGCAGAUUUUCUUACAGCUUUAUUCCAAAUUCACUUAUAUAAUUAUAUUAUAAGGUUUAAUGACCUAUGCACUGUUGGAAAAUCUCUUUUGGUCUGCCAAAAAAAUAUUUAUUAAUCAAUGCAAUAUGUUUGUAUUGUGGAUACUAAAAGUGGCUUACAAAGUUUUUAAAGUCAGUACUAAAUAUUUUAUCUCAAUUCAGUGUGUACUCCUUCAUAUGUUCUCUACUUUUAAAAUAAAUUUUAUCUAUGUAAAAACUAACCAUACAUUUAAUUUCAUUUUGUACUAAUCAAGGGAAGUGGUGUUUAUCCUUAUAAAAUAUAUUAACAUUGAGCUCCAUA